GCGAGCUUCGAGGCUUGGGCGCGCCCUCGCCUAGCGCACGUGAUGUAUUCUGGAGCAUUUCAGCCACCGGCGCGUUCGCAAGCGUCGGAGGCGUUCGGCGGGAGCGGGCACGACGCUUUCGUCUCGAGCUCAGAUCUCGACUCUCACUGCCUGCUCAUCACCUAUCGGUACACCACAACACAAUGGAAGGUCAAAUCACUGGAGAAUUGAGCACCUUCGCCUAGAUGCUGCAUGUGGCUGCAGGCCAUGCCGUAUUUUACCCUCACUCGAGUCACCAUCCACCAUCCUUCACACCGCUUUCACACCGCUUUUCAGUGGCACAGCGUAUCUAUUCGGCUAAUGACGGAUGCGCACCACUUUUACUGUAUGUCUUAAUUCUGGGUGUUCUCAGGCUAGGUUUUCAUUCCGCUGCCCUGCAUGAGGCUAUCCGAACCUUCCAAAGAGCAACUCAGUCAGACACAGCACUCACUGCCAAUCCACUCAGAACGCAUGAGAAACACUCGACGCCCUUCGUCUUUGUCCUCCGCUCCAAGCAACAACUUCCUGCUCUGUCCGGUGCGCAUCUUCUUCAUCCUCUCCGUCAGCUGAGCAAGUGGUUUCAAGCGGCACGCGAACCUCGCGUCCACCUCGAGGCGUACGAAUUCAGUCUGCUUUGUUGUGACCCUAACAAAGGCUUGCCAUAUCGGGCACCUGCAGAUUGUAUCGCAUUGUGGCUUAGCGCGCUUCGCCACAGAACAACAAAGGACGGUGCGGCCACACGUUGCUGGGUUACAGAUAUAAAGGAAGGUUCCUUCCGUGCUCUUGUCCUCGUCUCACUCCAUCCUGCCACCCCACUCCUGGACGUGAUCCGGCGCAUCGCCAUCGCUUACGCCACUGGUUAUUAUCUCUGUUGAGACUCGCAAAGCGCCCUUACACAUCUGUUCGAAUACUAUCGCAAGCUCAUCGGCCCCCACAGUCACACAUCACACCAUCCAGCGAAUCCCUCAGAGAUAUGUCGAUGAUGGGCUUCACAACGCGCUACAGUACGGGGCUCGGAUACAAGGAGGGUACCCUCGCUGGCGUGCA